AUGGAACUCAACCGAGAACAUUUUCGCGCCAUAAUGUAUUACAACUUUCAGAGACAAUUAUCGCAACAAGAAUGCCCUGCUGAAUUACUGUCUGUUUUCGGCAACGAAGCGCCACAUCAGUCGACAAUUUCCCGUUGGUAUGCAGAAUUCAAACGUGGACGGGUGAGUCUUAGCGACGAUCCCAGGAAAAACGUCGAUGCUGUGCGCAAACUCAUCAUUGAAGAUAGACAUGUGACAUAUCGCGAGAUUGAGGCGUCCUUGAAGAUCUCAAAGACCUCAAUUCAAAAAAUUUUAGAUGAAGAAUUAGGAGUAAGCAAAUUAGUUUCCAGUUGGAUACCCCACCUGUUGACUGAAGAGCAGAAAGCAGCCAGGGUUAAUUGCAUUGUUAGUGAUGAUAAAUCGUGGAUUUACUGUUAUGAACCAGAAAAUAAACGACAGACGGCUGUUUGGGUGUUCCAACGUGAAGAAAAGCCAACAAAAGUCAUCCGUUCUCGAAGUCUUUCGAAAAACAUGGUCGCGACAUUUAUGUCAAAAGUGGAUCAUAUUGCAACAAUUCCUCUUGAUGAGCAAAGAACUGUUGCUGCGGAUUGGUAUACCACCAUUUGUUUGCCAAAAGUCAUCACCGAGCUUCGAAAAAUCAAGCCCGAAAGAAAAAUCAUCCUCCACCAAGACAAUGCAAGCUCGCACACAGCACAAAAAACAAGGCAGUAUUUAACGGAAGAAAACGUGGAAUUAUUGAACCAUCCUCCAUAUAGUCCUGAUAUAAGUCCUACCGAUUUCUUUACUUUCCAGAAAAUUAAAAACAGACUGCGUGGUCAAAGGUUCCAGUCACCAGAAGAAGCAGUUGACGCAUUUAAAAAUGCCGUUUUGGAUCUGCCAGCAAACGAGUGGAAUAAGUGCUUCGAAAAUUGCCCUACUUUUUUCCCCCGCGUUUCGUCACACGCCAGUAGCCUGCUGGAUCUCUUUCUGACCACGCAUCCUGUUAGGUUUCGGCCAGAACCCGCUGUGGCAGCAGAAACUCGUACAGGCCGCAAAACUUGGCAUUACGGAGAUGCCGACUGGGAUGGGCUCAGAGAUAUGUCUGCCAGGCAGACCCGCCUAACUUUGCCAUCCCAUCCUAACCGUGUCGAACUUCGUACAUUCAGAACUUGCCGAUACGACCGCUCCUUUGUCCAGAGGGAAGCUUUUCCCAGUUCUACUAACCUUAGGCUCAUUAUCUGCCAUAUUGGCAGUGAGGAUGGAUUUGUUGUUGACGGUCUGUGGUGCUUUGAGUCUAAGAAAACUGGAGAUUACCACGAGGAAAUGAAUGGCGAAUCGUUUGAACAGUGGUUUUCAAAAAUUUUACCGAACUUAGAGGAAAACGCAGUAAUUGUGUUGGAUAAUGCGCCUUAUCAUUCUCGAAGAAUGGAGAAGGUCCCAACAACGGCUUCAAGGAAAGUUGAUGUUCAAAAUUGGCUCCGCUCGAAAAAUAUCAACUUUGAAGAAGCAAUGCUGAAAGUACAAUUAUUAAGAAUUGUCAAGGAUCACAAGGCGGAAUAUCAAAAAUACGCCAUUGACGAAAUGGCAGCAAGUCAAAAUAAAACUGGGCUCCGUUUACCUCCAUACCAUUGCGAGCUCAAUCCCAUUGAGCUCAUAUGGGCAGAGGUUAAAAAUUAUAUAGCUAAGCACAAUACAACUUUUAAAUUUUGUGACCUCAAAGGACUUUUCAAAGAAGCACUAGAAUUAAUAACAGCGCAAAAAUGGGAAAACUGUAUUAAGCACGUGAAAGACAAAGUUGAAAAGAGAAUGUGGGAACUGGACAAUAUUUUAGAGGAACAAGUCGAGCCAUUCAUUAUUGACGUUGGUGCUUCAGGCAGUAGCGAUGAUGAAAGCUCAUCAAGCUCAUCUUUCCAAUAA